AUGACUUCACUCUUCCCUCUGGGGGUAGUGCGACUGGGCCUAUCUGAGCCACAAGAUGGUAACACCUACAUCAUGUACCACGGCACCUCUAUGCAGGCCGCAAAUCAAAUCCUGUUGUCUGGUUUUCGUCAGUCUUCUGGUGGUAUGUUGGGGUGUGGAGUGUACCUCAGCCGAGACCUGGAGAAGGCAAGCAGGUACCCCCUGGAUCUUCCUGAACAUCAGAGGGUUGUCAUUCGAGUCAAAGUCAAUGUGGGCAAGGUGAAAAAGAUUGACUAUCAGUAUCAUCCUCUGCAGACAACCUGGCAUGAGAAUGGUUACGACACCGCCUGGGUUCCUCCUAUGUGUGGUAUGGUGAAGAGUGGUCUAGAAGAGGACUGUGUCUGGGACCCAAAGCGCAUCACUGUCUUAGGUACCAUCCAACCAAAAAUGCAACAGCACCAGUGUCAUUCACGCUGCAUUUACACAACCAUGUGGGCAGAAGAUGACUUCACUCUUCCCUUUGGGUCUUCUUCUGGUAUGUUGGGGCGUGGAGUGUACCUCAGCCGAGACCUGGAGAAGGCAAGCAGGUACCCCCUGGAUCUUCCUGAACAUGAGAGGGUUGUCAUCCGAGUAGUCAAUGUGGGCAAGGUGAAAAGAAUUGACGGUCAGAAUCAUCCUUUCCGGACAACCUGGCAUGAGAAUGGUUACGACACCGCCUGGGUUCCUCCUGACUGUGGUAUGGUCAAGAGUGGUCUAGAAGAGGACUGUGUCUGGGACCCAAAGCGCAUCACUGUCUUAAGUACCAUCCAACCAAAAAUGCAUAAGCAUCCACAUCAGGCAUGCAGAUGAUGGACAG